GAUCCGAAUCCGAUUCCAACAACGUCUGCGUGAGGCUAGCUGCUAGCUGCCGUUAGCUAUCUUAGCAACGAUGUCAUCCAGCAACAAAAACAAGGACAACUUCGUCGACAAGAUAGGUGGAAGGCUGUGUUGCUCUAAAAAUGAUAUGGAGAUCAGUAAACUCAGAAAGGAGAAUGCAUAUCUCAGGAAGUCAUUGGAUGAGCUGUCUCCUCAGAAAGGAGAACGAUCAGAUUCGGGAAAUAACAAGCUUUUAUUAGAGAAAAUCCUGUCACUGGAGACUCUACGGGAGAAGAACGCUCAGCAGCUGCUGGCCAGAGAUCAGGAAAUCUGCUCUCUUUGGCAGCAGGCCCAUACGGCAGGGGGUGACACAGUGGCCGGUCUGCAAGCCCAGAUAGACCACUAUGUCAGGGAGGCCGACCAGAGAAAAAAACUCUUCCAGUCACUCCAAGCCGAGACAGAGGACGUUAAGAACAAGCUGGUGCCAGUGUCUGCUAAGUGCCAGGAGCUGGAGAGUAGUAGACCUGGCGCUGGGCAGCAGAGCCGCCCAUCAGAUGGACAGGUACUCAACACCAGUACUGCAAUGAGCCACGACCACCUCAGAGAUGCCCUGGAAAAGAACCAGCAGUGGCUGGCCUACGACCAGCAGAGAGAGGCCUACGUGAAGGUGGUUUUGGCCCGGGUGUUUGGGCUGGAACAGCAGCUGAACCAGGCCAAGCAGGCCCUCACACAGCAGCAUAAAGACGCCCAUUCAGAAGACAGGUCAGUGCAAAUACAGAAGCACUAUGAGAAAUUGUUAGUGACGACCAAGAGGGAGCUGGAAACUCAGAGAGAGCAGGUCAAUACAGCCCAGAGACAACUGUCUGAACUGCAGUGUAGGUAUGAGGAGAAGCAGAGAGAGGUGGGAGAGGUGAGGCAGCAGCUCCAGGCGGAGAGGCUGAGUAUCCGGCAGAGUGUCCAGAAGGAGAAGCGUCGCUCUGGGGACAGAGAGGGCCAUCUGUGGGGUGACAUGGAAGAGCUCCAGGCUAGACUAGAGGAAAAGGAGACCAGGUCUGCUGAGCUCCUAGUACAGGUGAAUCUACUGCAGAAAUCCCUACUGAGCCUGCAUGAGGAGCAGAAACGCGUCACAAUUCUGGAACAGCAGAUCCAGGUGUCCGCCAAAGACCUGGAGGAUGAGAAGCGAGACUGUCAGUAUUUACAACAGCAGCUCCACAAGGUGUUGAAGGAGUUACGCAAGGCAAAGGACCACGUCGCCAGGCUCCAGUCAGAGAAGGGGCAGAGGGAGUUGUCCUGCCUGUACGAGGCCAGCGCUCACUGCAGACCCCCAGCACCCCUGAAGCCCUCCAAAGAGAGCGUCACCUCCCACUCUCAGGUCCCCAAGAUGCUGGAAGAGAGCUUCUUAGAGUGCCCCAGCUGCCGAGCCCAGUACCCCACCAGCCACCACCGAGAGCUGCUGGCCCACCUCGAGCACUGUCUGUAAACACUGUCUGUAAACACUGUCUGGGCUGAACAGGGCUGGAUGCAUAGAAGUAGGCCUAGAUUUAUCCAAUCGAUUUAGAAUCGAGUCCUAUUUUUAUGGCUGGGAGUACACACCCCAAUAAGGAAAAGUCUGGAAUAGGCUAGGGGUGACAUUUUACCAUUCUAAAACACACUAAACUUCCCUUUUCAAAAUGUUAUAGCUGGUGCGAACGCCAGCUGCAAUGCCAUGGUUACUUUGUGCACUGCGUCUGUGUGUUUAGAAGAGUCAAAUGUCAUUCCUCUAUAUGUACCUUGGUCCUGGAUUGCUCCUGGAUCGGAUUUGGCCAUCAAACUGGAAAUAGCGCUUACUGUAUACUGUAAGGAACGUUGCUUCAAGCCAAUGAGUUGAUCAAUCAAUCAAUGAAUGUAUUUUAUAAAGCCCUUUAUAACUGUUUAUAACUUUUUUACUCACUCAACCUUUGAAUUUUUGGACAUGUUUUUCUCUCUUUGACUAAAGUGUAAAUCAGUUGCCUGGUUUAAAAUACUUUAGAUCGUUUUGAUGUUCAGAGACUCUUGGGAAUUGUUGUUCCUAAUGUCCAUUAUUAUUAUCCUUGCAUAAAU